UUCUCGCAAUUCCUCUUCGCGCCCCUAAACUCUACCAUCCUCUACUCGCCCGGAACUACCCGCUGCAGCCAUGUCACAGGCCAGGAUUCAAGUGCCCGACAGGGUCAAGGAAGUCGCGAGGGAGGACUUUGAGCACGCAAAGGAACUCGCCAGCGAAGCUCUGCGUUCGGCCGCCUACCUCUACCCCUUCAAAGGCAUCAUGUACUUCUUCACCCACCGCUCGCUAUGGAAGCCUCUUGCCGCCAAGAUCGUCCCCACCAUCUCCCUCGGCCUGGGCGUGACCGUGUUGAUGUUUGCCGUCACCUAUGUGCCCCAGGUCGCGCUGCUCACCCUCGUGAACGACCCGCUUGCCAUCUUCACAACCGUCCUGCUCGUGCUCAGCGAGGCCUCCACCAUCUUCAACGUCCUGAGCAAGAACUUCCUCAUCGACGAUGCCCUCAUUGACACCUUCGACGGCACCCUGCUGUCUCGCAACAUGACUUCGCUGGUGGCUACGGAGCGCGAGGUCAAGCGCGGAAGCGAUCCGGUCGGGAAAUUGGGCAAGCUGGUCGCGAAGCCUUUUGCCAAGUUCACCCCCAAGGCCAUCAUCCGGUACUUCAUGUACCUCCCGCUCAACCUGAUUCCCGUCGUUGGUACCGUCCUCUUCGUCAUCCUCCAGGGACGCAAGUUUGGCCCUACAGCGCAUGCCCGCUACUUCCAGCUCAAGCAGAUGAAGAAGCAGGAGAAGGAGCACUUUAUUGAGCAGCGCAAGGCUGCAUAUGCGAGCUUCGGUAUCCCUGCUGUCCUACUCGAGCUCGUCCCCAUUGCCGGCAUCUUCUUCUCCUUCACCAACACUGUCGGUGCUGCGCUGUGGGCCGCAGACAUGGAGCAGACGAACAACAGCGGCGAGAGCACCACUGCACCGAACCUGCGCAAUCAGGCUCAGCUGGCCAAGAAGUCAGAGUAGUGAGCAGAUGGCACAAGCUUUGGUGAAAGUAUUCCUGGCUUGAUGCUAAUACUUUUCUGCAAGGGACUUUGAGCCGCAUGUCCACUACGGUCCAG